AUGGCAAACGCAGGACAAGGCAGCGAUGCGAUCAACGAAGCGAGUCACCAGGACGCCGUCAUAUUCUUUAUCGGAAGCGAGAUCUGUGUUCACGGUCUGAUGCAUGCAUUCAUCUAUUACGCUCGCGCGAGGAUUCAUUUGCAGGUGCGGCCGAGUGCGACAGAGGCUCCAAAGUAUCCUGUCAUCGAGAUCGUGUUUGCACCCGCUGCGAACGACCGCUGCGUCCGCGCUCAGCGUCAGUGCUCUGCUGCUUCUGCGAGCUGGUAUCUGCCCAGUACCAGUCAGCCUCGUGCCCAGCGGCAAUCAGCGUCCUCGGUCGCCGAUGCGUUGGGAGCGCAGAGCGACAACAUGCUCGCCACUCAAUGCCACGGUGAGCACUGCACAGUAGGCAACAGUCUGUACAGUAGCAGCGGAAGCCUACGCCUUUUGUCAUCUCAUGCUGUUCGUGCCGAGCACAUCGUUGCGGGAUGCGUGACGCCCGAAAUCUUGCGCUGUUCGUAG